CCUGAUUCUCUCUGGACUCUGAAGCACCCCAGUGUCCCUAGACAGGACAUUCUCCCCUUCCUGAUGGCUCUGCUGGUCUCACUUCCUGGAGGGACUCAGGCCAUGGCUCAGAUCCUGCUUCUUCUGCUGUCAGCAGCAUGUCUGCUCACUGGAAACUCAGCAAGAUACAUCCCAGGAAAGGACUAUGGGGUCAACCAACCAGCAAAUGUCUCUGGAGUCCAGUGUGGCUCCAUUGAGAUCCCCUUCUCCUUCUACUUCCCCUGGAAGUUGGCCAAGAAUCCACAGAUGAGAAUAAGCUGGAGAUGGAAGGGCUUCCAUGGAGAAUUCAUCUACAACUCCACCCCACCUUUCAUACAUGAGCACUUCAAGGACCGGAUCAUCCUGAACUGGACACAGGGUCAGACAUCCGGAGUCCUCAGAAUCCUGAACUUGAAGGAGGCUGACCAGGUCCUGUACUUUGGCAGAGUUUCUCUGAAAACAACAGAAGGCAUGAAGAAGUGGCAGUCUAUUCCUGGGACCCAACUCAAUGUGACCAAUGGCACCCCCACCCCCAGUACACUUCCAAGGACCACUGCUGCUACAACUUCUGCACACACCCAAAAUGACGGAACAGAAGGCAACAGGACAGAGAACAACGGUGACCUGGAUCUGCAAACCACAAUUGGGUUGGCAGUGGCUGCUGCUGGGUUCCUGGCUGGGGUAUUGGGGUUGAUAGCAUUCCUCAGGUGGAAGAGAAGGCAAGGCCAGAGGACUAAAACUGAAACCCCAGCCAGAAAGCCAUUGGAAACCAGUGAGAAACGUGAGAGUGUUGGCCAUGAAGGGCAAUGUAUGGACCCCAAAGAGAACUCCACGGACAAUAACAUUGUAUAUGCCUCCAUCUCCCUCUCAAGUCCAACCUCACCCGGAACAGCGCCCAGCCUGCCUGUCCACAGGAACCCCCAGGAAGAGGCUGUGUACUCCAUCAUAAAGGCUAAAUGAGCUGCACGGCUCUGACUUGAACCAUGGGGCAGGUCAGCAUCUUCAGCAUCUAACAG